AUGCCAGAGGGGCCGUCUGUGAGGAAGUUUCACCAUCUGGUCUCCCCCUUUGUGGGGCAGCAGGUGGUCAAGACAGGAGGCAGCAGCAAGAAGCUAAACCCCACGAGCUUCCAGUCCCUCUGGCUGCAGGACACCCAGGUCCAUGGAAAGAAAUUAUUCCUUAGAUUUGAUCCAGAUGAAGAAACUGUGUCCCUGGGCAAUUCCCCACUGUCAGAGCCUCUACGAAAAGGAGAGCAGAAGGACAAGGCCAGGCACCACCAGGAAGCCUCUGACCAGUCCUCCCGGUCCCCUGGAGGAGACAGCGCUGUCCCCAGUGGAGACGAUGGUCUGCAGUGUUUGGCAGGAGACAGUCCUGCAGGAGGGGCUGAGAGGUGGCUGCAGGUCCGCUUUGGUUUGUUUGGCAGCAUUUGGGUGAACGAGUUCUCCAGAGCGAAGAAGGCAAACAAGAGGGGCGACUGGAGGGACCCUAUUCCCAGGCUAGUCCUACAUUUCAGCGGGAGUGGCUUCCUGGCCUUCUAUAACUGUCAGAUGACAUGGCGCAUCUCUUCGCCUGUGUUCAGUCCCGCCUCUGACAUCUUGUCAGAAAAGUUUCACCGAGGACAGGCCCUGGAGGCUCUGGGCCGGGAGCAGCCCGUCUGCUAUACACUGUUGGACCAGCGAUACUUCUCAGGCUUAGGGAACAUCAUCAAGAACGAGGCCCUGUUCAGAGCCGGGAUCCACCCGCUUUCUCCAGGCUCCCUGCUGGGUCUUCCGCGCCUUGAGGCCCUGGUGGACCAUGUGGCGGCCUUCAGUGCGGACUGGCUGCUGGGCAAAUUCCAAGGCACACAGCAGCACACGCAGAUCUACCAGAAGGAGCAGUGCCCUUCUGGGCACCCGGUGGUGAGAGAGGCCCUGGGGCCCCCCGGGGGCUUCCAGAGGCUCACGUGGUGGUGCCCCCAGUGCCAGCCCAGGCUGUCAGCGGGUGAGCCCAAGCAGGUGCAGCCCUCCUAG